AUGCCAGUCCAGAAGGGACUCAGGAAGAAGUUAAAACUCAAAGAAAGAAAGUGGAAGUUAAGUUCUAGAGAAGAAUAUGAAGGAAUUCUCUUCAAAGAGAGGGCAGAACUUUACAGUUCCAGAGAUGCUGCUCAGUGGAAGGAGCGCGCUCUUGGAGAGCUAAAGGUCCUCUUCCAGACACAGAAGAAGUAUUACAGGACCCUUAUGAGAAGGGACCAAGUUCUUGAGGUGUGUGCAAAGCAAGUCAUCACUGAAGAAGUAAACUUGGUGCCCUCUGAAACAUCAAACAGUGUUUUAAUUUGGACAGCUACAGAUGAUGCUGAUGGUAAAGUGAAAGUAGAGCAAUUUGUGGUCAGAUUUAAAGUUCAAGAACUGGCUAAUUCUUUCAAGAGGAGAUUUGAAGAAUGCCAGCAAAGUUUGUCAGAGCUGCAGAAGGGCCACCUCUCACUGGCAGCAGAGCUGUCAAAGAACACCAACCCCGUUGUGUAUUUUAAUGUUUCUGCCAGCGAUGAACCUUUAGAACACACAACCAUGGAGCUCCUUUCAAAUAUUGUCCCUCGAACGGCUGAAGAUAUCAGGGCCCUGUGCAUGGGGGAGAAAGGUGAGUUCAUUAUUGGUCAUGCUAUUAAAGCUAUGAACAAUCACAGGCAUCCAGAGUGCUUCUGCUGUGAUAUCUGCCAACAAGUAUUGGCCAGUAUUGGAUUUGUCAAGAAUGCUGGCAGGAAGGAACUCAUUGCUGAUGCUCGUGAACCAAAGGGAGAAUAAUUAUAUUGUUUACCCUGCUAUGACAAAAUGGGCGUCGACAUCUGUGGAGCACAUAGAAGACCAGUUGAAGGAUGUUUGGUGAAUGCUAUGGGCAAACAGUGGCACGUGGAGGUAAGCAUCAGCUGAUACGCUGUCUUUCACAAAUGUAAAGGUUAACGUAUUUAAGUGGAAUAUCGCCGAUCAGCUUCCAUGAAAGGAUUAGAAAAGUGUGCAGCAGUGAUCAGCAAAUGCAUCUUCUAAUCCCAUUUUCAAUCUUCAUUUGCCUGAUCUUCCACUGAGAAAAGACCUCUGCCUGCAGAGCUAAAAUCAGUAGUCCAAGGAAGCAUUGCAGGGUCCUUGUAGAAGAAAAUGUCACCAAGUGAGAAGCAGGAUUAUAUGCAAAGGCACUAAAGUUCUGUGACAAACGUAGUAUUGGUGGGCAUUAUAACAUUCCUAUGGCUUCCAGUUACUUGCCAUGUAAAUAUCUCUAAAGCAGUUUAGGUGACAGUUCAUUUUUCAAGUCCGUGUGCAAGAUUUACUUCUUUAGCUUCCAUUUAAGUUAUGAAGAUAAGCAAUCUACAAUUCACAAUUUUGUUGUGAAAUUCUCCAGCAAGUGCUUUCUUCACAAGAUGCAGUGGUGGUGAAAAUUACUUGUUUGAUUUCACAGAAUCACAGAAUCACAGAACUGUAGGGGUUGGAAGGGACCUCUAGAGAUCAUCGAGACCAACCCCCCUGCCAAAGCAGGUUUUGUUCUGUCAUUAAUAACGUAUCAGAAUCACUUCAGUGCAUUAUUUGUUUGGUUUUUUUUGUAACUUUUGGGUUGAAAUGUUAAAAACAGUAAAAGGAAUUUUAUUUUAGUGAUCUAAAAGUACAAAACAAUAGUUGUAAUUUUUAUUUUCAAGAUGGCACUGAGAUAGUGAGCUGUAGAAUACAAUAUGUAAGCGGUCCAUAACAUCUCUUAGUUUUGUUAACUCAAAGGAAAUUCUCAAAUAGCAUUGCUUAGGGAGGGGCUUAUAGCUUAGGGAGGGGCUUAUAGCUUAGGGAGGGGCUUAUAGCUUAGGGAG